ACUCUCCCUCCGUAAUAAGAAGCUACGCGUCCCGCGGUCCUGGCUCCGUGGGUCCGGUCGGAUCGGGCCUGGGCGCUGGAGCUGCUGUGGCUGCCGCCGCGGCGAGUGCGAUGGAGGCUGUGCCGGGGCCCAGCGCUCACGCCGGGGGAGGCCGAGACUGCCGGAGGUUCUAAUAGAUGAGGCGGCGGCGGCACGGGCUCUCCAUGAGCAAGCGGCGGCGGCGACGGGUGCGGGAGCACCGGCGGUUUUCGGUCCCCGGGGAGGAUGAAGACACUGUUUGAAGAGAUCAAAGCAUCAAUUAAAAAUAACUAUAACCAAGAUCGCUCAUUUUGGAGGCCUGUUCUUCCUUGGGGAGGUGUUUUUACUAUCAAAGCUGGCCGCAAAGCAGUAUCCUGUACACCACUCUAUGUUGAAAUAAGACUGAAAAAUACCUGCACCAUAGAUGGAUUCUUGAUGUUAUUGUAUGUUAUUCUCAAUGAAAAUGAAAAUUUCCCCAGGGAACUCUCUCUUCAUUUAGGUAGAGAGUUUAUAGACUGUUUUCUUUAUUUAAUGGACACCUACAGUUUUACAACUGUGAAGCUACUUUGGAUUUGGGACAAAAUGGAAAAACAGCAAUACAAAUCUGAAGUUCAUAAAGCUUCAUUAAUAAUUGAUUUGUUUGGGAAUGAGCAUGAUAAUUUUACAAAAAAUCUUGAAAAUCUCAUGUCGACCAUACAAGAGAGUUACUGUUCCAACUGGCGAUGCCCAACUCGAGUGCAGGAAGAUCAGCAGCGCACAAUUAAUAUAAAUCCUCCCCAAGAAAUUCCACAUGGAAACUUGAUACGACUGGCUGUGGAUGAGUUAUUCUGUUCCAGGAUUGAACUGUGUGAAGAGUGUGGGUGUGGUGGCUUAAGGGAAUUUUCCCAACGAGUGUUCUGCCACGGGGCACCCCCUUUUGUUGUCUUAAAUAUGCAGCAUUGGAAAUCUGAAGAUCUGGCAUAUGUACCCUAUUACUUGGAUUUAUGUGAUCACAAGUAUUUGUUGGAAGGUGCCACACUGUUUAACAAAGAGGAACAUCAUUAUUCUGCAGCUUUUCAAAUUGAUGGACAUUGGAUGCACUAUGAUGGCCUCAGAAAUGUGAAUUUAAUUUUGUUAAAUAAACCCCCAGAGUUUCUCCUCUUGUCAUCAUUAGUUUAUAUCCGAGCAACAGAAAAAUAAAUAUAGACUGAUGCUAAAUUAAAUUGUUUUCCCUCCUUCCCAUGCUCCCCCAGAUGAAGGGCUUUUAUUUUGUAUAUACUUGGUAUCCAAGGAAAUAGUUCAGCUAUAUUAGUUUCAGAGGUGUAUUAUCUAGUGUUUA